GGGGGAACCUGUCUCCUGUGGACUCGAGCAGUUCUCUCUCUCUCUUUCUUUCUCUAUCUCUUUAUUCUUUUAACCCUUUAAGCUGCACCACCAUCACAAUUUAUAAUCACAAAGCAGCAAACAAUACCUCGUCCAUGCACACGUGCUAAUUGCACCAAUCUAAACUAAUCAAUGUUGACCCCCCUCUCCCCCUUGCCCUGGUUCUCCCCGAGUUCAGGAGGAGUGCACCAACCAGAAGGCAGCCAGCACCAGCUCAGGAAAAGGAUCCCUGGUUUCUUGCAGCCUGUCAUACCUUCAUGUCUUCGACGCUGGAGCAUGUCUGCCCGAAUGGUCUGGCUUCCACACUGCAUAACAGCUCUAUUGCAAGGUAUUCCACAUCCACAGCACAGUGUGGAGAAUUUUAAGGAGGAAGAUGUCAUGCUAAGGAUGGGUUUUGGUGAUGAUGUUGCUGCUGUUGAUGCGGCAUCGAGCUCUCACUUUGUGCCUCUGUCAGCUAUGAUGCGUAACCACAAAGUGAGUGACAGGCCAGUCCCCGGGGAGAGCAGGGGGCCUGAGGGAGCUCAGGAGGCAGGAAAGUAGGCCCCUUGUAAAAUGUUCUGUACGAAGUUUAUUUCAAAGAAACUCGAAGAUCGAAUUUGAGAAACGUUCAUCUGCAACUGGAGCUGCUCCAACACUUAGCAGUGAUCUUACUUUAGGUAUUUUAAAAGAUGUUAUCCACAUCUGGCCACUAGUCAGUAGUUGGUGCUUAACAAAACUUUUUCUCUCAUCUGACUGAUGUGAAAAAAUAUAAAUUGCAAUAAAAUAGUCGCCAUAUUCAUGCAAUACUUCUGUAGCUUCUGAUUUGCCUUAAUAUUAAGGAAAGAAUGUAAAGUUUAAGCCACAUGCAUUUUACACAAAGUAUACUUGCAUUACUGUUACUAUCAUUAUGAUUAUUACUGAAACAAUGAGGCGUUUAUCAAGUAGUCCAUCAACAGACAAUUAACCUACAACAAUUCCAAUGAUCUGUACAUUUAAAUCCAUUAUUAGGAAAUAUCCAUACCUUAACUGGCUCCAGGCUUUCUGUCGUUCUACAGACGAUUAAUCGACCGAGGAAAACUAUUUUGAAAAAGAAGCAAAAAGUAAUGAAUGUAAUCGCUAGCUGCAGUCCAUGUUAUAUUGAGGAUAAACAAAGAAAUCAACUAAAAGUGCAUUUUACACAUGAUAACAUUUGUAUUACUGGUAUUAGCACUAGAUUUAGUUUUGAGACAAUUAGGUGAUUAAUAGAUUAGAACGUUGACCUACAACAGUUCUGAUAAUCACUGAGUUUAAGUCAUUUAACAAGAAAAAUGUUCCAGCUUCUAAACUGUGAGUAAUUAUUGCUCUUUCCUUUUUUACCUCAUCAUAAAUUCAGAAUCUUUGUAUUUUUGUCUGCUAGUUGGACCGUCACCACCUGAGCUGGAAAACUGUGACGGGCUUUUCAUUUAGUGUUUUCUGUCAUUCUAUAGACGUAACGAUUAAAACGACUGCUGAGAAAUGUAAAAGAGAAAUAAAUCAGUAAUAAGAAUAAAUGCUAGUUGUUGCCUGUGUAAUAGUAGCUGUAAAGGUUAAGUUAAAAAUACACUAAAUGUGCCUUUACACAACAUUUUAACGGUAUUGUCAGUAUAUUUACUGCUGAAACAAGUAGUUGAUUAACAGAACGUGAAUCGACUACGAUUCUGACAAUCCAGAAGUUCCAGUCAUUUAUCAGGAAAAAUGUAAACUUUGACCGGUUCCAGAUUCUAAACUGUGAGUAUUUGUUGCUUUGUUUUCUUUUUUAAGUCAUCAUAACAUUCAGUAACUUUGGGUUUUUGACUGUCAGCAGUUUGAGGAUGUCAUCUCAUGCUCUGGAAAAUUCUGAUGGCCUUUUCUUUGUCGUUUUGUAACCUGAGUGAUUAAUCGACUGAUGCAAAAUGUAAACAACAACAACGAAACGGAAACGAUUUGCUGUUCAUGUUAAGAGCAAACAUGAAGUUAAAACUAAACUAAUUGCACCUUUUGCACAAA